AUGAUGCUGUCUGCGAUGUGUUCCUUCGCUGUGUCUUGUCUCUUAGGUCUGGGAUUCGCAUCGCUUGUUACCAGCCAAAGUCCCCCGACGACCGGGUUGGACAUUGCAUUGAGGACGGGCACCUUCCGUGGAGCCAGGACGGACAACAUCACAGACAAAUGGCUCGGCAUUCCUUACGCCCAAGCCCCGGAAGGAGCGUUGCGCUUCAAAGCGCCUCGUCCGAUAUCCAAGCGAUCUAAUGCUUUACGUGAUGCCUCGAAAUUUGGAAAUGUAUGCCCUCAGCCUGCCUCCGGUAACUUGGGCGCGCCAGUUGCGGAAGAUUGUCUCUUUCUGAACGUUUGGAGACCUCAAGGUGCGAAUAGUCGUAGCAAACUCCCAGUGUUGGUCUGGAUCCAUGGUGGAUCGUUUGCAACUGGAGCAUCGUCAAGCUCUAAUUUUGACCCCACUCGUAUCAUCCAACAUAGUGUCCAAAUCGAAAAGCCCAUUGCGUUCGCCUCCGUGAAUUACCGCCUGAACACGUUCGGCUUCUUAGCAGGCACGGAUGUACCCCCAGAAGACUUGAAUGCUGGGCUUCUGGAUCAGCGCCUUGCACUUGCAUUCUUGCAAGCUAACAUUGCUGCGUUUGGCGGGGAUCCAGCGAAGGUCACUAUCUGGGGACAGUCUGCUGGAGCCGGAAGCGUUCAGACGCACGUCUUGUUCCCUCCCAGCGAACCAUUGUUCCGUGCAGUCAUCGCUAAUUCAGCCACUGGCCCCAUCAAGAACGCGCCUCCACCAAGUACAUAUAGUUUACCAGGAAAGCCCUUCACACGGUUGCUCGCUGCUACAGGUUGCUCUACUGGCAGGGGAGCAGUCGCGUGUCUCCAGAAGGUACCGACUAAUGUUCUAUUCAAUAUAAGCAAUAGUAUGGUCAGGUCCACGUUGAAUGACCAACUCUGGGAACCUACAGUCCAUCCUCAAAGUUUCCUCAAUCAAAGACCGUCCCAGCGGGUGCUAAGCGGUCGCUUCCUCCACGUCCCGUAUUUGAGUGGAACAAAUGUGAACGAGGGAGCUACGUUCACCGGUAGCGUACGCAAUCUCAAUCUAACAGGGGAAGCUCAAGACGCUGCCUUCGACAAUCUCAUCGACCAUCUGGUGAUAGACAAUAGCAGUCUUACCGGGGACGUCUUCGACGGUAUCCACGCACUUUUCCGGGAAAACGACCCCACACUCGGAGCACCGUUCAACACUGGGGACUCCUUGUUCGACCGAGCGGAAGCAUGGUACACUGCUCAGAACUACAUCGGCCCAAGACGUUUGUUCUUCGAGGCUGGGUCAUCUCGUCAACCUAUGUUUGCCUACUACUUCCGGGAGUUUAUUCCAGGAAACGACCCUUCUUUAGGCGUCUUCCAUGCAUCUGAGCUACCGCUCUUGUUCGGACCAAUUCCAACACCCGUCGAAACCGAUUUCGCAAACCAAAUGCUAACAUUUUAUAUUAACUUCAUUCAUGAUCUCAAUCCCGGGGCUUCUUGGCCGCGUUACAGUGCUAACGAAAGACGAGUGAUGCAGCUCCUACGAGGAAAUGUCACCCUCAUACCGGACGAUUGGGACACGGAUAAGUCUGACUUCGUCAGUUUGCCGAGAGUGUUAGCCGAAUUUCAGAAAUGA